CCCUCUUCUUCUUCCUUAAAUUGGCAUAAACCUUUGCACCAAGCCCUUGCGUCCAUCAAUCUUGAACAGUUCCCUUCUCCAUUUUUCAGUUUCAAGGAAGAUGACUGAACAAAUGGCAGCAGACAACGGAGCACGUCCGGCUCCUCAACUCAAUGAGAGGAUCCUUUCAUCUUUGUCCAGGAGAUCCGUGGCUGCCCAUCCAUGGCAUGAUCUUGAAAUAGGACCUGGAGCUCCUUCUAUUGUCAAUUGUGUGGUGGAGAUUACCAAAGGAAGCAAGGUGAAAUAUGAACUGGACAAGAAAACCGGGUUGAUAAAGGUUGACAGGAUUCUGUACUCCUCUGUUGUUUAUCCCCACAACUAUGGCUUCAUACCACGCACAUUGUGCGAAGACAAUGACCCGAUGGAUGUGUUGAUCCUCAUGCAGGAACCAGUUCUUCCAGGUUGCUUUCUGAGGGCAAGAGCAAUCGGAUUAAUGCCGAUGAUUGAUCAGGGAGAGAAGGAUGAUAAAAUCAUUGCAGUUUGUGCUGAUGAUCCAGAAUAUCGGCAUUAUAAUGACAUCAAAGAACUGCCACCUCACCGUCUUGCUGAAAUCCGGCGCUUUUUUGAAGACUAUAAGAAGAAUGAGCACAAGGAAGUAGCUGUAAAUGAUUUCCUAUCGGCGCCCACUGCGCUUCAAGCAAUUCAGCACUCAAUGGAUCUGUAUGCAACAUAUAUAUUGCAGAGCCUGAGGCGUUAGACGGCAUGGCUUUUACUGAAGAUGCUUCUGUAUGGCGACAGGCCGAUAUGUGGAGAGUGGAGAGACUUUGAUGUCCUCCACGGAGAUUGAAUUUUGGCAGCGAACUUUCCUCUUUUUCAUUUGCCCUUUCUUCCUCUCUAUAUCUGACUUCUAUAUAAUAAUUCAUUAGUGUUUUUUCUGUUGUCAGCUAAAAGCAGCGGCUUGCUUGAAGAUGAGCUUGAAUCAAACCGUUCCCAUAUAUGUAAUAUAAAAUUCAAUCCUUGAGUCA